AUGGGGAAAAUUUCUUCGGCUCAGAGCAUGUAUUCUCUUUCGGCAGAAAUAUUCAAACGAGAUGUUGGAAAGGAUCCUUUGUCAGUUGCACAUGUUGAUCAAACCGUGGCAAAUUUGCUCUCACAGAAUCUGAAUCAACAUGAGGCUGCUUUGGACAAGUAUCGGAAAUUGUUGGGAAUCAAGCUUCGCAAUUUCGGAUCAAGGCACAUCUCUGCUGUUGGCACAUUGCAGGAUAUUGCACUUGUGCAUCAACAAAUUGCGAGCCAUGCCGAACUGCGCAUGUUGGUCAAGGCCCACAACAACAUUGCUAUUAUACUUGAACAGACUUCUGCAGUGGAUGCAUCGCUGAAAUCCUACGAGCGAGCCUUCGAAAUCUGUUCAGGUACUGACGAUCCAGGAAAUCUGAACGGUAUGCUAGAGAUUAUUCUUCGAAACAUGUUCGGCCUGCUUCAGAGAAAUGGAAGAAUGGAUGCUAUCGACCAGUUCGCAAGUGAGUACACAAGCAAUGAGAUGCGACAGGCCGAAAUCUUUGCCACUCUUGGUGCCGCCGAAUCCUCCACAGUUCCACAAUGA